AUGAUGGACGCACUCUGUCUGGGCCUCACUUGCAAGUCAUACUGGCGCAGAAUGUUGAAUGUGCUGUGCAGCGACAAUGAACCACGAUUUGUUCUAAUGACCUUUGGCACAAAGACAGGCGAGCCAGCUUCCCUAACGUCCCUAAGUAGCAACUUUCUCAAAUGCCUUACGAUAUACAACAAGAAUGCCUACUGGACCAGAACGACCGAUCCCUUGGACAAGAAGUACGACCUUCGCUUUACACUGCCCCCAUGUGUAUCAACUCUGGCCGUCUUGUCGAAAAAAUAUGAUAGUGUCUUUGGUCCGGACUCGCUGCCCAAGUCACCAUCGAUCACUAGACUCGAGCUUUGCUAUGACUUUACUCAAUCGAUACCCGUCAACUCAUUGCCACCAUCCGUCACCUCUAUUAAGUUUGGUGACCAAUUUGAUCAAUCGAUUGUUCCUGGAUCACUACCUGACUCAUUGACAUUACUGACGUUUAGUUCAACAGUUGCCAGGACGUUCAAGACUCCAAGUUCGUUCAAUCGACCUCUCACACAAGGAAUGCUACCCAAGAAUCUAAAGAUACUUGAUCUUGGCACCAAGUACAAUCAAGUCAUACCACCAUAUGUCUUGCCCGAGGGACUACUAUCACUGACCUUUGGCAAUGUCUACAACAAACCUUUUGUCCAAGGAACACUUCCACAAUCUUUGACAUCAUUGAUAGUUGGUUCAAACUUCAACCAACCCAUUGAUGAGGAUGACGUUCUACCUCCAGGCCUACAGAUAUUGAAGCUUGGACCUAUCUUUGAGGGCAAGCUCCCACUUGAUUGGCUACAACAACAUCAAUCACUCUGCUGUCUCAGCGUACCAUUCCACAUGUUCAAGUACGCACCCAUAAGCAUGUAUCCUAGCACACUUCAAACAUUGCGUUUGAUCAGUGUUACGCUGCCGAUGCCUGUCAUCCCAGACUCGGUCACAGAGCUGACCAUCGAUGUGAUUGGUGCUGGACAGUCAUUGAGAGAUCAUCCUUCAAUCACAUCAUUGACACUUGGUGGAAUCUUCAAUCAAGUUAUACCUCCACAUACACUUCCAACCAACCUAAAGUGUUUGGUUAUUGGAAGUUGUUACAAUCAGGCGCUACUCCCCAACUCACUACCAUCAUCGUUGACCUCAUUAUCCUUUGGCCAGGAAUUCACACGACCAUUGGACAACAUCCCAUCCAGCGUAACAUCAUUGACACUGAAUACGUUGAAUGAUCAAAUCCAAUUGCUACCAAGACACAUCAAACAUUUGACUGUCAACUCAUUCCAUCGUCGUCCAAAACAUGGAGUCAAACCACUGACCUAUGUAUUGGACUCAUUCUCCAUUACCCUUAUUCCCGAGAUUCAGGGAGAUAACAACCGGCACCUUAUUAAGUUGAUGUUGGCAUGCUAUCCAUAUGUAUCCAACUUCAAUGCUCGGGUCAAAAACAGUUCAAACAUGUACCAAACGAUACAUAUCAGGAAGGUUAACAAUCAAUCAUCAGCAUGGUGUUAUGUACAUCAAUAUGGACAUGACAAUGGAUCAGAGAGUAUAAAGUUCAUCACAGUCCCAUACUACCUCGUUCCCAACAAGCCCAAGCACAUGCAACAGAGCAACACUUUGACCAGUCCUAGUCCUAGUCCUAGUCCUAGUCCUAGUCCAAUAUCCUCAUCGUUGGUAUCAUCCUUUGGUAACUUGUUCAUUAAAUAA